ACGUCUUGUUUCUCAUUUAACGCUCCAUCCCUCGCAGUCAGAGGGAUCGAUGCGUUCCAUAUACGCACGUACACGUACCGGAGAGUUCGCACGUUCCUCCAUUGUGCCGUGAACCGAAUUGAACAGUGACUCCCCGACAGUUUAUCCCUGGAAUUUCGUGAGAGUUAACCGAAACCGUGUGGCGGCCGCUGCAAACACGUAACGAUGUUAAGUUCGGCGCUCCAGAAGAUCAAAUUCCUGUACAAACCAUACGCGUUGGGUGUAGUUUCCAUCGGGUACGUGCUCGGGGAGCUAGGUCAUUAUUUAAUCGGUGUCACCAGCAAAGCCACGGCGGAAGAUCUACACUAUGGUGACAUUUCCUGUCAAUUAAACUCGACGACGCUAUCCAUCGCGGAGCUCCCGAUUCAAUGCGAAGCUGCCAAGAACGAGAGCUACUGCGAGUCCCUGGAGCUGAACGGCACACGCUAUUGCGAAUGGAACUACAACGGCCUUGGUCUGGACUAUCAAAUCCUGGCGGGCCCGAGCUUCAUCGCGGUGUUCACGAUAGUCGGCGUCGUCUUGGGUGUCGCAGCUGAUAAAUAUAAUAGGGUAAGGUUGCUGACAAUAUGCACCCUCAUCUUCAGUAUCGCGAUAGUACUGAUGGGAGCGGUGAAAGAAUACUGGCAGUUGGUUGUUCUUCGGAUGAUAUUGGCUGCAGGAGAGGCGGGAUGCAAUCCUCUGGCAACGGGGCUACUCUCAGACUGGUUCCCAGAAAAGCAAAGAGGGCUUGUUAUGUCGAUUUUCAACUGGGGAAUCUAUGGAGGAUACGGAAUAGCGUUUCCCGUUGGUCGUUACGUGCCUAAACUGAACAUUGGGGAUUUGGGAUGGAGGGCGUGUUACUACGGAGCUGGAAUAAUCGGGCUGAUUAUAGCAGCUUUCACUUUGACGUUAUCCGAACCGAAGCGAAAGACGAUCGGCGAAGAGGAAACGAACAAGGAUGGGAAAAGAACACCCAUUUGGAAAGUGAUCCUGCAACCGAGGAUCAUACUUCUCUGCUUGGCUGCGAGCAUCAGACAUUGCGGUGGCAUGUGUUUCGCUUACAAUUGCGAUCUUUACUACAGGGAUUACUUCCCCGACUACGACCUCGGCUGGUGGUUGUUCGCCGUGACGAUUGUGAUAGGCAGCAUCGGUGUCGUGGUCGGUGGUGUUGUCAGUGACAAGUUCGUGGCGAAAAUGGGAAUCCGAUCGAGGGUGGCCUGUCUGGCCAUCAGUCAAAUAGUAGCGACACCGUUCGCAUUUGGUUCGGUGUACUUCAACCCUCUAUGGGCAAUGAUCACUCUUGGUAUUUCUUACUUUUUCGCCGAAAUGUGGUUCGGCAUAGUCUUCGCCGUAGUGGUGGAAAUAGUCCCGCUACACUUCCGAUCAACGACUAUCGGUGCUUUCUUAUUCGUGAUGAACAAUAUUGGCGGAAACUUGCCGAUACUCGUUGAGCCGACCAGAACGGCUAUUGGCUUCCGAGAAUCCCUUUAUAUAUUUUACGCUGGAUUCUAUGGCAUCAGUUCCAUCAUGUUCUUCUUUACGAUGUUUUUGAUGGACGGAGCCACGAAGGUAGAGGACCCUCCGACGCCGGUAAUCACCAGCAAGCCAACAUUCGGCUACGACAAUAGCAUGUUCACACACGACGAAGGGAGCAUACCUACCCUAGAACUCCCUCGAUUAUACCCGGAACGGCCAUUCAAGAUCGAGAACUCUAGGCUAUAGCGGGGAAACGCGUAUCAUAAAUUGUAAAUAGUAUCCGGAAUUACUCGAACUACUGCACGAUUCGCUGUCUAUUGCAGCAGUAAAACAAAAGCGACAGGGUACAUGACAGUUUGUCAGAAUACGUUGAUCGAAGCAUCGUACAGCAGAAGCUCGAAUCGUAUCUUGUCCAAAAGCGUUAGUCGUUGCGGAAGAUGCCAGCUGAUUUAUUUACUCGGCAGGAACAAAGAGACGGCCAAGAGAAAAUAAGAUCAGACAAGAACGAAAAUUUUGAAGCACCCAGAUUUUCAGGCAUGUUUUUCGGUACCAGUGCUCGUAUCACAGAUGAAAUUACUUUGCUUUCGCUGGAAAACAGCUUGGAAAUGCAAAUAAGUCGGGGGUCGGCUUACAUUUAGUCUCGUUUUCAUCGGAAGCACCUCGCCAACGUGUAACAAACGUUUCCAUAAACAUGUGGGUAGAGA